GGGCUACUAACGUGGUUCAAUCACAGACCGACACCGAGGGGCCCCCCCCGGCUCCCCGCACCAGGGCAGCCCCCCCCACCCCUCCCGAGACACACCCGGCCGGAGCGACUCCCUCUCCCCGGGCUGUCCCUCUCGCCGCUGCCGCUGCCGCUGCCAUGAGGCUGGUGCGGUGGCUGAUGAAGAGCGCGGCACUGGCCGGACAGCUCGAGCACUUCUCCAAGUUCUCACCAUCUCCGCUCUCCAUGAAACAGUUCCUGGACUUCGGUUCCACAAAUGGCUGUGAGAAGACCUCCUUUGCAUUUCUACGACAAGAACUUCCAGUACGACUUUCAAAUAUCAUGAAAGAAAUUAAUCUACUUCCGGACAACUUGUUAAGCACUCCUUCUGUGAAACUGGUUCAGAGCUGGUAUGUACAAAGUCUAAUGGACAUUUUAGAGUUCUUAGACAAAAAUCCUGAAGAUCACAGAGUUUUAUCAGACUUUUCAGAUGCCCUCAUCAAUAUUCGGAACAGGCACAAUAACGUGGUUCCAACAAUGGCACAGGGAGUCGUCGAGUAUAAGGAAGCGUUUGGUAUUGAUCCUGUUGCUAAUCAGAAUGUACAGUACUUCCUAGAUCGAUUCUACCUGAGCCGAAUCUCUAUCCGAAUGCUCAUUAACCAGCAUACUCUUGUUUUCGAUGGCAGUAACCCAGCCCAUCCCAAACACAUCGGUGGCAUUGACCCUAACUGUGACGUGCUGGAAGUAGUGAAAGAUGCUUGUGAGAGUGCAAAAAUGCUUUGUGACCAAUAUUACUUGAUUUCUCCUGAGGUGCUGAUUUGUCAACUCAAUGGAAAGGCACCAGGGUGCUCUAUCCAAAUUGUAUAUGUUCCUUCACAUCUGUACCACAUGCUGUUUGAACUUUUUAAGAAUGCAAUGCGAGCGACAGUGGAGUAUCGCCAAUCCAGUCUUUCUCUCCCUCCUAUUGAAGUGACCGUUGCUUUAGGUAAUGAAGACCUUACAAUUAAGAUGUCUGACCGAGGUGGUGGUGUUCCCCUGCGGAAAAUCGAUCGACUUUUCAGUUAUAUGUAUUCUACAGCCCCUAAACCAAUGGUGAAGAAUUCCCGCACUACUCCUCUGGCUGGUUUUGGCUAUGGUCUUCCCAUUUCCCGCCUCUAUGCCAAGUAUUUUCAGGGUGAUCUAAACCUUUUCUCUAUGGAAAGUUAUGGUACAGAUGCUGUUAUUUAUUUAAAGGCUUUAUCUACUGAUUCAGUAGAGAGAUUACCUGUUUUCAAUAAAUCUGCUUGGAGACAUUACCAAACCAGCAAUGAAGCAGAUGAUUGGUGCAUCCCCAGCAGUGAGCCCAAAAACCUGGCCAAGUUUGAUCGUCACAUUUGAAGCAAGAUAUUCUGAAUGAAAGAACUCAGAAGAGAAUAUGGCUGUGUUCAUCCGUGGACCAUGGUCUUUACAGAAACAGACUGCCAAAGAAAAUCACCCACUCUGGGCUGGUGAUGGUAUAAAUGAAUCAUAAUGUACUGUUCCAAAACUUGCAGUGCGAUUGUAUGCAGUAUUCACCAUGUUGAAUGGAGUCAUCAUUGUUGCCAUCAGUUAGUUUAAGACAUAGAAACAACAUCUACAUUUCUGAAUAAGAGACCAAGGGAUUUUGUGAUAUGUUAUUCCAAGUUUUAGAAAAAUGGUUCACAAAAUAAGAUUUUGUACUUUAUUGUAUUUUAAAAUAUGAGACUGAUGUAUAAUCCAAAAUUCAGAUCUCACCUUAAAGAAAAAAUGAACUAUAAUUACUAUCAUUGACGAAUACAGUAUCUACUUGAUCAAAGGUUUGUUUGCACCAAUUCUUUCCUGCCCCUCCUAAAGGUGUUUGCUUCUGUUUUUAUUUGCUUCUAUGUGUGCAGUUCCAUCUUGGUACCUUGACCUUUUUUCAUGUACGACCCAUUACAUUGAUAGUGUCCAGAGGCAAACGACUGCAGGGUGUUCUCACUCAAUACUCGGGGUUAUGAUAUAUUGCAAAUUAGGAAUGUUAUCAACUUGACUUUUACACUGUGCUUACAAUCCAGUUUUCAAUUCAAUUGUAUAAAUGGCACUGUAAAGUAGAAAGGCUGGAUUCUUUUGCUUAACUGCUUAACAUUAAAAUAUUUUGGAUGGUGUUUUGGUAGAAAAAUUAUGGUGAUCUUUAUGCUGUUGUGGAAAUUGAGCCUUAUUUGUGAUGCAUUUGCAAAUACGGUUUGUACACAGUGGAAUGCAGAAUUUAGAAACUGUUACAUCAAUAUAUUUGGACCCGAUCUAAUUAUCAUGAUGCAGUUGGACUGCUUUGAUAUAUAAAAACUUUAAUUAACAUUUGGCAUAAUUAUGACAGUAAAGUGAUUUUAGUACUGGGGGUUAAUCAAUGCAGUUUAAAAUAUUAAGUAUUCAAAUUUUGUUUGAAUAUUAAAUCACAACUAGCAAUAUUUAACCCUUCAACAAUAGUACUUGCAUUUCAUAUUGAUGCAAUACGAAAUUCACUAAAUUUACUGAGGAGUCAUGAUGUGACAUCUGUGGUUGUGAGUUUUUUUUUAAAUAGUACAUCAAGUGCUCAGUUAUUAUGUUGACUGCAGUCCAAUACUUUUAUGUAUAGGGAUGUAGCAAAAUUGUUUUUGGAAUUUCUAUCUAAAGCAGUGUAUUAAUUUUCAAUGUGAUGAUUAAAAUUCCAGUUAAUUUUGAUCAA